AUGACAGAGGAACAAGGGGUGAGUCCUCUGCUCGAAAGGAUGCCGUCCUGUUUAGCUGUGGUAAACGACUGACCCUCCAAUUCCCGCUUGCAAGGGCGAGCAUUACAACUGGAUGACCAAAUAUGGUCGCAUACAGACACGUCACUCUGCGUUCAAUUCGUCUCUUUACUAUCUUAUCUUCCUGGGCUUCGUGAUUUGGCGCAUGCGCACGCGAAGGAACACCGCACAUAUCCUCCUUGCGGUCCACAUUCUUCGUGAGUAUGGUCCUGACUGCAUGGGGAAGGAGACGGAGCUUCAUCUAAAUACUGCCUUUGCCUUGUCUUGUAUCCACGUAGUCAGACUCGUAGUCUGGCUCUUUCGCUGCGUGCUAGUCUGUUUUCCUCACCUCGGAUAUGGCUCUGCAGGCAACAAGCUCCAGGCUUCAUGGUUCUCGAUAUACGCCGGUGGCCUCGUCCCGCUAAUUCUGGCAGUCUUUUGCGGCGCAGAGAAUCAGUAAGUACAGAAUGCGCAUGCUGUUCGUGAGACUCCCGACGACUGAUGACCUAUCGAUCAAUCAGUGCGCGUGCGGUGGGUGAUGUGCAGUGCUCCAGAUCUUUGACAAUACUGGCUGUGGGGAAAAUGACGGCUUUCGGCCUGUGUGCCUUGGCCUUGGCAAGUGUGAGUGCCUCCCCAGCGCCCAUGGCCGCCAAAUUCAAUUUUCGCCAGUGCUCAACGAGGCUUUGUCUGCCACCAGGGCGUCCUCGGCGAGCUCAUGCAAGCACUUGGGACCCAGCACUGGGUCCAGGAAAAUGGACACGACUCGUACGAGCUUUCACAUGGUUUCUGCCUCUUGGUCCUUCUCUUUACAACAGCCCUGUGCAUCAUAGCCCUGGCGCGCCAAAAUGAGGUUCGUCAGGAUUGUCGGAAGCAUCUGCGCGAGAUGAGAAAAGGUCUGCAGGCGGAUGAUGAGGAGCGCAGUCAAGAAUUUCGGAUCUGUGAGAAGGACGACAGACAAGAAGAAGAAGCCCCGAAGAAGUCGCGCAGAGGACCUUCAGUCACCUUCUCCCCGUCAGAGGCGAGAUUGAGCUACGCCGAGCGGAGGGCCCGUGCAGCGUCCCGAGCUACAGUGUGGUCUGUAGAUAGCCCUCUGAUCGAUUCUACAGGCGCGGCAUCUGCAAGGCCAACCUCUGGAGCUGCUAGCGAUGGCAUGCUGUCUCGGAUGCAAGCCACGGUCGUUGCGGACUUGCCCAGCCAACCGUGCGCGGCGGCUCGCACGAGCAAGGAGUGUCACAAGGAGGCUCGAUGCGUUUCGAUCAGAACUCUUGUGGCUGAGCAGGUCGCCUACGAAGAGCAGACACUACCAAAAGCCAAGCCAGUCUGGCUCCUUCUCCUUGCGACAGUGCUGCUCAUCUUCCGACAAGUCGCUCUGCUCAUGACUUGGAACGCAUACAGGAAGCAAAUGCACGAGCUCUUUCUCUACACGAUGGAAGAGCAGCCUGAAAUCUUUGCGACUAUUUUGCUGCUGAUAGAUGGCGUGCUUGCAUCGUCAGCGAGCUCACAGCCUCGAGUGACGCCGUACCUGGACAUUGAACGACCAGAUUGGGGACAGAUUGCACAUGGCCGCAACCUUUCGUCACGGGGGCGAAAUGGCAACCAUGGGUGUGUCUGUGGUCCCCACAGCUAUCAGGCGGACAGACCGACAGCUACACUAGCUAGAGGCAAACAAGGGGCUUCGUGCCAAUCGAUGCCUCCUUCUUAUGGCACCUCGCAGAGUGAAUCGUCCGGAAACAGCUGCGAAAGAGGCUUCAACGCAGCACCCCCUCCCUCAGAAGCCGACACCAGAACGACAACGCGCUACUAUUCUUCGACCGCACGAGGCGUGGGGCGCAAUGCCUCGAGUGGUUCCGACGAGACCUUGUGCGAAGGUGGAAAGGGUAGCUUGGAAGAGCUUGAGUCUCGACCACUCACACCACAGGCUCAUACAGGCACUCUGCUUACUCCGUGGCAGACGCCCUCUCCACCUCAACGUAG